AUGUCUGCCCGAGUCACUCCCUCCAAGCAGGCUGCUUCCUCGCUGGAGAACCUCAAGAUGAGCGACUCGCCUGUCAAGAAGCUCAACUUCGAUACCACGGGCAAGGAGAACGCGCCGUCGACCGUGCCUGUCGACGCGCCCACCAAGGUCGUUGCCGAAAAGCCCGCUGAGGCUCUCAAGGUUGCGCCUGGUAUCAAGGAGAUGGAGGCCAAUGAGCCUCUGCUCCAGGAGAACCCCCACCGUUUCGUUCUCUUCCCCAUCAAGUACCACGAGAUCUGGCAAAUGUACAAGAAGGCCGAGGCCUCUUUCUGGACCGCCGAAGAAAUUGAUCUCUCCAAGGAUCUGCACGACUGGAACAACCGCCUCAACGAGGAUGAGCGCUACUUUAUCUCCCAUGUUCUCGCGUUCUUCGCUGCCUCCGACGGUAUCGUCAACGAGAACCUCGUCGAGCGUUUCAGCGGCGAAGUUCAGAUCCCCGAGGCCCGUUGCUUCUACGGUUUCCAGAUCAUGAUCGAGAACAUCCACUCCGAGACCUACUCCCUCCUCAUUGACACCUACAUCAAGGAGCCCAAGCAGCGCACCUACCUCUUCGAUGCCAUCGAUAACAUUCCCUGCAUUGCCAAGAAGGCCGAUUGGGCCAUCAAGUGGAUCCAGGAUCAAGAGUCGACCUUCGGCCAGCGUCUUGUGGCCUUCGCCGCUGUCGAGGGUAUCUUCUUCUCUGGCUCUUUCGCCUCCAUCUUCUGGCUGAAGAAGCGUGGUCUCAUGCCCGGUCUCACUUUCUCCAACGAGCUGAUCUCUCGUGACGAGGGCCUUCACACUGACUUUGCUUGCCUGCUGUUCUCUCACCUAAACAACCGCCCGAGCAAGCAGGUUGUUGAGGACAUCAUCGUGGAGGCUGUCGCGAUUGAGAAGGAGUUCCUCACGGAUGCUCUGCCCGUCGCUCUGCUGGGCAUGAACUCCAAGCUGAUGUGCCAGUACAUCGAGUUCGUUGCGGACCGUCUCCUGGUUGCUCUUGGUAACAACAAGUACUUCCACUCCACCAACCCGUUCGACUUCAUGGAGUCGAUCUCCCUGGCUGGCAAGACCAACUUCUUCGAGAAGCGCGUUGGUGACUACCAGAAGGCUGGUGUGAUGGCUAGCACCAAGAAGGAAGCCAAGGAGGAGACGAGCAACGACGGUGGCCUCAACUUCGAUGAGGACUUUUAA